AUUAUAUAACAACUAUACGUAUUAUGAUGUUAUUAUUUAGUUAUGUUGUUGCUUGGUUACAUUUGAUGCCUCCGCACGUGGGAAGCUACCGGUUUGAAAGACGCGGCUUCACUUGCUUUUCUGCACCAAGAUGGCAAGAAUCAGACGAUUUGAGAAAGCUGUUUGCUGGAGCGAUGACAGAUACUGGGCAACUUGGGACAAGUGGGGAGAGGUGAUUGACUGGGGAGAUGAGAAAGAGCUGUGCUCCCCAGCAGAAUCACCUUCUGACCAGGCUGACAGUUCCACUGAGUCACAUUCCCGAAGGCGAAUUGCCAAGGCAGUUAGCUGGACGGAUGAUGCUUAUUGGGCAGCCUGGGACAAGUGGGAAGAGAUCAUCUGCUGGGGUGAUGAAGAGGAGUGCUCCCAAGUAACUCCACCCACUAGCCAGCUUGGGAGGGAUAAGGGGAUAGAUGUACAUGGGUUGGAGGCUUUUGUGAUAAAUAACAGGACAAUCUCCAUAAAGCCUGUAGACAACCAUCGAGACAGUCUGGAGAUAGGAGCUGUGCUGGUAGACCUCUGCCAGUUUGAUCUCGAAUAUUUAGAUCAAAGUAAAUUUAAUUUUGAAAUUGUACAAGUACAAAUUGGAGAAGUCAAAGUGGAGGAGACUAGAGAAAAGGCUUUUGAAAAAGCAUUUGAAUUGGAAAUUGUGGAUGUGGCAGUAGAAGUUAUAAACAGUGAAAUCCAGCUGAAUGCUAUAAAUUUGGAUAUUGUUGAAACUAAGGUGGACAAAUUAUUAUUGGAAGAACUGAUCAUUGGCGAUUUAGAAGCAGGCAAUGUGAAGGUGUCAGUGUCAAAUGGCAAUGUGGUGAAGGUACCCUUAAGGUACCCUUCGCCACAGAGGAACAGAAGGACCAGGCAACCUUAGACCAUACUCUCUGGUGGUUGACUCGUGGCAACUGGACUUGUCUCUGAAAGUUAGAAACGUUUCGCUGCUCAUCCAAGCAGCUUCUUCAGACUGAGGGAGGUAGUAAGUGUCCACAUAUUUAUCCUCCUGGGUAAGUAGUCUAAGGGGGCUCGUUGAGUGAAACAAAGUGGGGGGGGGGGGGAGUUGCGGGUAGAUGUAACCAGUCCCUCCUACUCCAAUAGAGUGGGUCGUUAAGGGUGGUCCACCUGGUGGAGGUGUGAAUUGGGUCUGUUUUUUUCCUGGGAAUAAUUUUUGUUUUGGCAAAUGAUGAGAGGGCCGCAGGUUAAAUUGGAGACAGGUCGUGCCUAAUGCCUCUACCUCUGUUGAAGCACAUGCAAAGCUGCUUGGACGAGCGGUGAAACGUUUCUACCUUUCAGAGAGGUACAAUGUCUUUGGAUGUCUUUUGUCUUGUGCAGUCUGGGAGUUGACUGAAUGCUGGGGCGGGGGUAGCUUUUCCUUUGUAGUGGGGUCCGGUGGGGCGCCUUGGGCUCUGUGGGGCCCGGUGGUGCUGCUGCCUUGGGGGGGAGGUAUUUUGCCCCCCCCCAUUCCUUUCCUCCCCAUCCCUAAAUGCUUCCCUCCUCCCGCUCCAUCACACCACCACACAUGUAGGGCUUUGAGGUGUAGGUGCGUUGCUGGGAUGCAGGGUAGGUAUUCCUCCUCUGUCCCCUCGCGACCACCUGUACCUCAUUCAUACACUACAACGUAGACACUCUCAUUACUUACUCUCUCAUGACACAUACAUUUAGGGCGUUGGGGAUGGGCACACAGAAUGGCAUCCAGAGGGCGGUCUGUUCAUUCAGCCUUACCUCUGGUGCCAGGGCCCACAUCUCAAUUUUAAUCACACAUAGACAUUGAGGGCUCUGGGGAGAGGCCGAGCUAACACCAGCUGUUGGUCGGCAGGGGGUGGUUAGUGCCAUGCCCUUCACCUGUUUUAAAAGCACUUUAGAACAACACACACCAACACCACAUCUGAGCGGGCGAAGGGGGGCAUGGGGUCUUUUCACACCCCCGUUCCCUGUUCGCCAUUUGGGGCUGAGAGGAAGAGCUGGCCGUCUGGUCGGGGUCUGGGCUGGUGGGCUUCUCGGCUACUGCGGGGUCCGGGGUGAUCUUCUGGUCUCCUCCCCAGAGGAAAAAUAGGGGUCCACAUAGAGUAUACAUGGGGAGUGAGAGUAUGUGUACAGCGUUCAUUUCUGUGUGUCUAAAUGUUGGGUGAAUGUGUAAAUAUUUGUUUAUGUCUGCAUGAGGGUGGGAACGUAUGCUUGUAUAUGUGUGUGCCUGUUUGUCUAUACACACGUGUCAGGUUGGGUCCUAGACUCCACCUGAAAUAACAUCUCGGGCACAAUAAAGUGGUCCUCCGCAGAGGGGGGGUGGUGGAGGGAAAAAAAAAAAAAAAAAAGCUUGUGACCCACCGACCGAUUUCUUAUUUGAUUACUGUUGUUCCUUGUCUUGUUUUUGACCCCUCGUGGUCUGCUUUUGUUUUUAUUAGUGUCUCUAGUGUUUUUCCCCUUUCCUCCUUUGAAUCCCUGAGUGAGUCGUCCACUCUCUGUUUCUGCUUGCUCCAUGACACGCUGUCGCUCUCAAUCCGCCCUGGACCUGUGACAGUAUUUAUGUUUUUGCUUUUGUUUGGACGUACUGAGUUUAGGAUUCCUAGCUUAGAAGGAAUAGUUUAACCUGUCAUGUGUAACGUUGUUAAAUGCGCUGAUAUCAGUGUUAUGUCACAGUACCAGAAACUUAAAAUGGUACAUUUUGUUUUCUUUUUGUUUUCUUGCAAUUACUACAUACAAAUGUUUAAUGUU